AUGCCUGCUUCCCCAGCUGAAGCUUUCGAAAGGCGCCACCUGAAGCGCAACGACGGGGACAAAGUCCUGCCACCGUCGAUGGCGCUUGUCGCCGCUCUCGAAGCCGGAUACCGGUUUAAACUUUCUUUUGUCGAGGAAGCUGCUGCUUCCGCCAAGUACCCUGGCCUCUUGACAAUGGACGAGUUCAUCUCUCUCUGUGAGCGAAACCCUGACAGCUCUCUCGACGCAGAAGAAAUGGCAAAGCAUGUUUCUGUCCUUGCACCGGGCGGUUUUGUCACUCGCGCCUCUCUUCAUGAAGCAGCGGCAAAGGCUGGUUCCAGCGAAGAUUCAUUGAACACGGACGAAAUUGACGCCCUUUUCAAUGCUCUAGACGAGGAAAACACCGGCUCUAUUUCCGCUGAAAGACUCAUGGAGGUAAUCAAUGGUAAACAGGGGAAGGAGAUGCUGUACAAGCAGCGGAAGGAGUAUUCAAAGGCAAAGAUUGCCGCGGAGGAGCUUGCCGCAGAGAAGGAGCGCGCGGCCGAGAGGGAACGCGCAGCCAAGGAGGCCGCCGCCGCCGCUGCUGCCGCCGCCAAACCUGCAACCCCGAAGCCUCCUCAGAACGCUGCUCCUGAGAAUAAGGAGCAGAAGAAGGCAAUGUGUGGAUGUUAA